GAGGUGUGUGUAGAAAGAGUUGCUGUUGGCCCAAAAAUCUGGUCUGCAUCAAAACUUCGGGCUGCGCGGGGAAAUUAUUUGCUUCGCCAGUCACUUUUUCUGCCCAAAUUUUUAAACCGCCGCAGUCUCUGCACUUUCAGUUGCAUUUUGCCGAUCCUCGUCCUCCAACCACAAUCCACCGAUUGGUAUCGCUUUUUAUUCUUCUUCUUCUCGGCACGGAAUAGUAUAUCCUUCAGACAGGACGGUCGAAAAAAACGCACAGCGCCUCCCGAAAAAAAGAUGCAUUUGAUGUACACCGAGGACCCGGCCACGGGCAAGAGGGUCUACACUCUGAAGAAAGUGCUCGACGGUGUGGUUACAAAGUCGGCGCAUCCCGCGAGAUUUUCACCCGAUGACAAAUAUUCGAGGCAUCGAGUCACACUAAAGAAGCGAUACGGCCUCCUUCUCACGCAACAAAAAGACGAGAAGAAAUAAAGAGGAUGUUUCGCCACUGACUGUCGGGGGGUGCAAUCCAGUUUUUGAUGGACGAAGGGAUGUUCGAUGGCAGAGGAAGAUGAAUGGUUGUUGGACGAUUCACACGGAACAAUUUCAGCUAUACCGGAAAACGACUCAUGCAGCUUCGCCUCUGACACUGCUGAGAGGUAGUGUUUGUUUCUAACAGGUAGCCCUGGGUACGGGACGAAUGGCGUUUGGCGUCUGGGACAGAAAGGAAGGGAUACCCAGAAGCCUUGACAUAUUGUACGGUCAUGGUUUCAUAAAAUCAAAAUUCAUGGCUUCGUUAAAA